AAUUUGGGUGGUAUAUAAAGACCAGGUGUCGACCAAGUUUAUUCAUCAGUUCCAUUCCAAGAACAGAACAGCCUUCCUCUCCUCAACAUGAACAAGUUUGUUAUUCUCGCUGCUUUGGUCGCUGUGGCUGUUGGUGCCGAGUACACGACUCCGGCCUACCCAGCUCCAACUUACUCAGCGCCAGCCUACACUGAAGCAGCCUACCCGGAGCCAGCGUAUUCUAAGCCAGCCUACGCCGAACCAGCCUACGCCGAACCAGCCUACGCCGAACCAGCCUACUCCAAACCGAAAUAUGAAUACGAACCGAUGCCGUACAGCUUUGAGUGGGCCGUCAAGGAUGAACCUAGCUACAAUGACUACUCCCACAAGCAGGAAAGCGAUGGCAACGUUGUUACCGGAUCUUACCGCGUUGCUCUUCCCGACGGUCGCACUCAGAUCGUCUCCUACAAAGCUGACGAAUACGGUUACGUCGCCGAUGUCAAGUACGAAGGUGAAGCCAAAUACGACGAGUACAAGCCUGCCUACAAGGCCGCUUACACCACUGAAUCUUCCUACUCAACUGAGGCUGCCUACGUCACUGAAGCGGCUUACACGAAACCCGCUUACUCUGAGCCAACCUACUCCAAACCAGCCUACUCAGAGCCAGCUUACUCUGAGCCCACCUACUCCAAACCAGCCUAUACCGAGCCGACUUACUCCAAACCGGCCUACACUGAACCAACUUACUCCAAGCCAGCCUACACCGAACCCACUUACGCUGAGCCAGCUUACUCCAAGCCCGCCUACACCGAACCCACUUAUUCUAAGCCAGCCUACACUGAGCCAGCUUACUCUAAGCCAGCUUACACCGAGCCGACUUACUCUAAGCCCGCCUACACCGAGCCCGCUUACGCUGAACCCGCUUAUGCUAAGCCUGCUUACAGCGAGCCUGCUUACUCCAAGCCUGCCUACACCGAGCCCGCUUACGCCAAGCCAGCCUACACAGAGCCCGCUUACGCCAAGCCGGCCUACCCUGAAUCAAACUACCCCAGCAAACCUGCCUAUUAAACGCAGGUGUAUGACUUGAAUGGCAUUUCUCAUUUGAAUGACGGAACGCGAAAAGCAACGGAUUUUGAUCAACUGCGGUGUGAAUGUUCUCUGAGCAGAGCCACCUUUGCCUCUCUAUAAUUAUUCCAUAAGAUAAAUCUGUAAUUUAUAAUACGUAAUAACUAUUUUCAAUGAAAUACAAGCUAUUUGUCAUAUA